GGCGAUUGAGUAAUAUGAGGCUGUGGCUAACGAGUUCCUAAAAAGGCUCUUAGUCUUAAUCCACAUGGGUUCUGGCCAGCCUCUGCGCGAGAGUGAACUAUUCUCCGUCACCUGGCGUAACACCUAGCGGCGGCGAAACGUCUACCUCAAGCACGGGCUAGUUAUACUACACACCACAUACCACAAAGGUCAGCAGCAGACGGGCAAGUUUAAGGAUAAUAUCCGGUUCUUACUUGCACCCGUUGGAGACCUCUUGCUCGACUACUUGGUAGUUAUCAUCCCGCUCCGCUAGGUCUUCCUCCGCCAGUCUGCCCCGCAUACUAUUAUCUCUCCGUACUUGUGGUGGUAAGACGGGAAGGUCUGGGCUAACAACCGGCUCACGCGGUGCAUAGAGCAGGCGUGUAGUCGGGCCAGCAUCCCUAGGCUACACAUAGCCAACUAGCGGCAGAUGACAGUCAAUAUCAUCAAAACUAAGUUUGUAGCUAACGUUGGGUGCUUUGAGGUUAACGACGGGGCUAACGACGAGGAUGCCGAAGAGAUUGAGGCUAACAUUCGGGUUAUAACCAAGCAGCGGAACCAUAGAUGGCCUUAUCCGCCGGAAUCUGCGUGCUUCAACUCUGUGGAAGGACUUAUGGGGGCUUGACCAGCUGCUUGGACCUACUGGGAAGAGGAAGCGGGAUGGUGAAGACAUUGGUGGUCCGCAAAUGCUCAAGAAGAUCGCCAUAGGGGUCUACCGGCCACGGAAGAAGUGGUCAGCUAUGGCUCUACUAAAGAGCGCCAGAAAGCUAUACUAGGAUGACACGCUGCAAUGGAGGUUAGCAGCCUAGGAACGGGCUGUGACUACUGU